CAGAUUUUAGAAUGAACAAUAAGCUACAAUUGCUGACUGAAUAGUUGAGAUUCAGAUUUAAAAGAUAUCACCAAGUUCAAUCAGUAGAAUCACAAUACAUCAUUAUGCUUUGGUGUUUACGAGGCAAAGUACCACUAUGGGGAAGUGAGCAAUUCCACCGACAGCUGAGUAGCACUCUACUCGCAACGUCCAGAAAGGCGGUAUCAUACUCCAAUCGCGCCGCAACUUAUAGUUCAUUAUGUAGCUGUACGAAGCUUAUAAACAAUAACAUCAAAUUAUCAACUUUAAGGUUUGUACAUACUAGUCGCGCACAAAAGUCGAGUGCCAUUCCUGGAGCUGUCAAUUUGUCAGGAGCAACGACGGGCUCACAGGCAGCUUCUGUCUCUAAUGCAAUGUCCAAGUUAAUGACGGAGGCACAAACAAAACGCGUCAGCGUUUAUUUCAUGGGACUUGCUGUAAUGACGGUCGGUGCCGUUGUUCUUGGUGGGAUCACGCGAUUAACAGAAUCUGGCCUUUCAAUGACGAAUUGGCAUCCCUUAUUUGGUAUACGCCCUCCAAUGACUGCGGCGGAAUGGGAGGAAGAGUUCAAGGAAUAUCAGAAGUAUCCGGAAUACAAAUAUACAAAUAUGCAUAUGACCGUCGACGAAUUUAAAUCGAUUUUCUACAUGGAGUGGUUUCAUCGUAUCUGGGGGCGUAUGAUCGGCGUUGUGUAUGCCGUGCCAGCCGCUUAUUACUUAACGCGUAAAUGGGUACCCUCCAGCGUGAAACGUCCCAUUGGUUUAGUGGGAUUGCUCAUUGGAUGUCAGGGAUUGAUGGGAUGGUACAUGGUCAAAAGUGGACUACACGAGGAUCCAGAUCCCAAUGCCGUACCUCGCGUCAGUCAGUAUAGGCUGUGUGCGCAUUUGGGGCUGGCUUUGGUUAUCUAUACGGUUACGUUUUGGCAAGGGUUAAAGAACAUGACUACACCCGCCAAGAUCACCGAUCUGCGUGCAGUGUCGCUGAAAUAUAGAGUACACGGUGCUGCUGGACUCAUAUUUUUGACGGCUCUCUCUGGGGCCUUCGUAGCCGGUCUCGAUGCUGGACUCACAUACAAUUCUUUCCCUAAAAUGGCUGACCGGUGGGUUCCAACUGACAUGUGGGCCUUCAGUCCGUGGUAUCGAAACAUUUUGGAGAAUCCUACCACGGUCCAAUUCAAUCACCGUGUACUUGGUAUGACCACUGCGACUACUGUGCUGUGGUUAUGGGCACAAUCUCGUAAAGCUAGACUUCCCUACCGAGCGAAGGUGGCAGUGAAUUGUAUGGCCGGUAUGGUGUGUCUCCAAGUAUCGUUAGGUAUUGCUACCUUACUCUACUUCGUACCCACUCCUUUAGCCGUUACUCACCAAUCAGGGUCUGUUGCGUUGUUAACGACUGCUUUGUGGGUCAUGAAUGAAUUGCGCUUCGCCCGGAAAGCGAUCCCUCGGUUAUAGCGGUCAUUUUGCUUCGGAGUGGCUAUUGAACCCUAACUGUCGAAAUCAACAAGAAUGUUAUAUAUCUCAAAUUAAAUAGAAAAAUAACUUAUCCGA